AUGCGCAGAAGACGGCCGUGGAAGUACGAGGAGCGGGCGACGGGGGAUGUUGAAUUCAAGGAAGACCUGCGCUCGUGGGCGUUCAGUAACGGGGAGAGCUUGGCGAAGCCGCAGCACCCGGAGGCUGUGAGCGGGACCGGCGCGGGGAGUGCGGAUGAGCAGGCGGACGCAGGGGCGGGGGGGAAUGGCGGAGGAUCGUUGGCGGAGUCUCGGCUGGGGGAACGUUGGGGCGAUGUGGAGCUGAUGGCGCGGGAGGUAGUAGCCUUUGCUUCGGAUAGAGAGGAAGGAUCGGCAGGGGACAGGGAAGGAUCUGCAGAGGCACAGGGGUCCGGAGAGAAAGAGGGGUUGGAUAGGCCGGUUGAACGGGAAAGCUCAGGAACACAAGGGCUGGACGAGCUAAUGGAGCUGGGCGCAUAUGACGACCUGGACUUGCACUCAGUCAUGGCGCUCUCAGACCUCGUGCGCCAUGCCCCCUCCUCCGCCUCUUCCGCCUCCUCCUCGUCUGCUCUUAAACCCAUGGGGCAUGCGGGGAUUGGGCAGUCGGCGUCAGCGUCAGCAGCGGGGGUGUAUAAUCGCCGUGUGGACAGGCAGAUCCCUCGCGCAGCAGUUGUCGCGCUUCAGGCUGCUGCCGCUGCCAAGACCAGCUGGCCGCUCAACCUGCAAGCUCGGUCGGGUCUGCACUUCCCCCCGCCGCCCCAUCUGGGCACGGCGACGAACGCGUGUGACAAGUGCAGCCUGCGCUUCUUCUCACCGCUCAACCACCGCCGCCACAUCCGCGUGCACCGCAAGAUGCUGCGCACAGACAAGGUUGACCUGAGGGGCAUCCGAGGGGACCUUGCUCUCUUCUUGAACAAGCUGGGAAUGCCAGCAGUUCUCGACCACAUAUCGCUGCAGGCCCUCUCUGUGGAGGGCAUUCAACUGGUGGACCGGCUGUCCUCUCUGGUGGACAACCAUCGCUUCCCCUUUGUCUCGCCCAUCGCACCGCCACUCCCACCCUACCUCAAGCUCGGCCCGGACCUCGUUGCGGUGGUGUUGAACAAGCAGCUGCUGUCAGAGGACGACCUCUUCGCCAUGCUGGACGCGGCGAGUGAGAACACGUUUCUGCACGGGGGCACGUCCCCCGCCGUGCACCGCUUCGUCUUCCAGCCCACUGCCACGGGCAACAGCAGCAGCACCGGUGGUGGGGUUGGUGGCGCGGGCGGUGGCAGCAGCGGGAGGAUCAAAGUGAUGCGCCUGCAUGAUAAGGACUUGGUGGCCGCGCUUGCGUUCCUGCUUGAACAGAAGCUGGUGGAUGCAUACAUGGCAGCGCGAGAGGCAGCAGCACUCAAGCAGCAGCACUUGCUGGUGGAGGAGGAAGCAGCUGCCAUGCACAAGCGGGCGCGUCUUCAGCAGCGUAGACGAAAGAAACGGCAGAGGCAGAAGGGAGGAGGCAAAACAGCAGACAAGGUGGGGCAGCAGGGUUCCAGAGAGGAGGAGGAAGAGGAGGAGGAAGAAGAGGAAGAAGCGGAGGAGGAGGAGGAGGAGGAGGAGGAGGAGGAAGAGGAGGAGGAGGAGGAGGAGGAGGAAGAGGAGGAGGAGGAGGAGGUCGGGGAAGAGGAUGGGAGAGAGGAAGAGGAGGGAGAAGAGGAGGAAGACGAGGCAAAGAAGGAGCCGCAGCAGCAGCAGCAGCAGCGGCAGCAGCGGCAGCAGCAGCAGCAGCAGCAGCAGCAAGGAGGGGGGGACAGCAGUUCCGAUGGGCUGUCAUCAGAGUCUCUCGACUCUCCCAAGGGCGCUAGAGUGCACCCAGCACCCAUGCCCGCUGCAGACAGUGCGGACGGCGUGAAAGGCAAGGAGCGAGAGCGAGAGCAGCAAACAGGCGAGAGGAGAGAGGGAGCAGGCGCAGGGAGCGCUGUCACAGAAGGGACUCGUGGUGCUGCUCGUGCCACACAGGGCAGACCAGAAGGAAGCUCCGUUUCCGCUGGUUUUAGAGCCACGGACCCAGGAAGGAGUCUUGAUUUGUCGAAUGCCAGGGGUGCACCUGCAGGGACGGGUGGCGCAGGAGAACUCCUGCAGCUCGACCCCCCUCCCACCACCUCUGCUGCUCCGAACAGUGCUCCUGCUGUGGGCGAUGCUGCUGCUAGUGCUAAGGCAAGAGUGGUCGUGAUAGGAAGCAUGGUGGUUCCCCUGACUGAUCCCGAUGCACAUCUGAGGGCUGCUCUGCUGCAUGCCUUGCGCCUCAUGAACAACCGCUGGGAUGCCGCCAUGUCAUCCCCGGACACCACCAUCUUGCACCACAGCAUCUUCCUCGGCUAA